CACCCGGCUAGAAAAGGCGGCGGGCCCGGCCCCGCGAGGUGACAGCCGCGACUGGACGCAGAGCCCGGCCCGACGCCGCCAUGAGCGCCGCGCUCUUCAGCCUGGACGGCCGCGCUCCCUGGCCCGCGGAGUCCGCGCCCUUCUACGAGCUGGGCCGGGCGGGCAAGCCGGGCCGCGGGGCUGAGCCAGGGCCCCUGGGCGAGCCGGGGGCCCCAGCCCCCGCCAUGUACGACGACGAGAGCGCCAUCGACUUUAGCGCCUACAUCGACUCUAUGGCCGCCGUGCCCACCCUGGAACUGUGCCACGAUGAACUCUUCGCCGACCUCUUCAACAGCAACCACAAGUCGGGCGGCGCAGGCACCCUGGAGCUGCUGCCCGGCGGCCCCGUGCGCCCACCGGGCCCCAGCCCCGCAGCCCCGCGCCCGCUCAAGCGUGAGCCCGACUGGGGCGACGGCGACGCGCCCGGGUCUCUGCUGCCGGCCCAAGUGGCCGCGUGCGCGCAGACCGUGGUGAGCCUGGCGGCCGCUGGGCAACCCACACCACCCACGUCGCCGGAGCCGCCGCGCUGCAGUCCCGGACCGGCCCCCGCGCGCGGCCCCGCCCGGGAGAAAGGCACAGGCAAGAGGGGUCCGGACCGCGGCAGCCCCGAGUACCGGCAGCGGCGGGAGCGCAACAACAUCGCAGUGCGCAAGAGCCGCGACAAGGCCAAACGGCGCAACCAGGAGAUGCAGCAGAAGCUAGUGGAGCUGUCGGCCGAGAACGAGAAACUGCACCAGCGCGUGGAGCAGCUCACGCGGGACCUGGCCGGCCUGCGGCAGUUCUUCAAGCAGCUGCCCAGUCCGCCCUUCCUGCCGGCCGCCGGGGCCUCCGACUGCCGGUAACGCCCGGCGCGGGCGCGACAGACUCUCCAACGACCUAUACCUCAGGCCGAUGGGCCGCGGGCUCCGCCGCGGUUCCUUCGGAACGUGUGAGCGAAAGGAAGCCGCAGCCUGGACUCACUGCCACUGAACUGCGAGAGAAGCUAUGCGUGUUUAUCGUCCCUUAACUUAUUUUUGUAACGGUAGCUUUUUCUACAUCUUCUACUCAUGCAGCUAAGGUACCUUUGUAAAAAAAAAAAAGACUUAUGACAAACCCUUUGUAUUGUAGGUAAGAGGGAAAGACUGAGCAUGCUCACUUUUUUAUAUUAAUUUUUACAGCAUUUGUAAGAAUAAAGCAGCAUUUAAAAUCGC